AUGUGGAAUGAAAAGGAACUCGAAUAUAUUUGUGUACAGACAUUACCUUGUCUAUUCUCAGACAGAAGCAAAAUGGGUGACGCAGCAAUGGCAGAGUAUGGAACAGCUGCUCCUUUUCUUAGGAAGUCAGAUAAGGAGCGUUUGGAAGCUCAAACUCGUCCAUUUGACAUGAAGAAGGAGUGCUUUGUUCCAGAUGCUGAGGUUGAGUACGUUAAAGCAUCAGUCACUAAUCGAGAGGGCGACAAAGUCACUGUUAACACUGAGUUUGGAAAGACUGUAACGGUGAAGGAUUGUGACGUGCAUCCUCAGAACCCACCUAAGUUUGAUAAAAUUGAAGACAUGGCCAUGUUCACCUUCCUCCAUGAACCUGCUGUGCUGUUUAACCUCAAAGAACGCUACGCAGCCUGGAUGAUAUAUACCUACUCUGGGCUGUUCUGUGUCACUGUCAACCCCUACAAGUGGCUUCCAGUCUACAACCAAGAAGUGGUUGUUGCCUACAGAGGAAAGAAGAGGAGUGAAGCACCACCUCACAUCUUCUCAAUUUCUGACAAUGCCUACCAAUACAUGCUGGCAGAUAGAGAAAACCAGUCCAUUCUCAUCACAGGAGAAUCUGGUGCUGGGAAGACUGUCAACACCAAGCGAGUCAUUCAAUACUUUGCCAGCAUUGCUGCUGUUCCAAGUGGCAAAAAAGAUCAAGCUGCUGAAAAGAAGGGUACUCUGGAGGAUCAAAUCAUCCAGGCAAACCCUGCUCUAGAGGCUUUUGGUAAUGCCAAGACUAUCAGAAAUGAUAACUCUUCCAGAUUUGGAAAAUUUAUCAGAAUUCACUUCGACAAUCGAGGGAAAUUAUCCUCUGCUGACAUUGAGACCUAUCUUCUUGAAAAGUCGCGUGUGACCUUCCAGCUCAAAGCUGAGAGGGACUACCAUAUUUUCUACCAGAUCUUGUCUCAGGCAAAACCUGAACUUCUCGAAAUGCUGCUCAUCACCAACAACCCCUACGACUACGCCUUCAUCUCCCAAGGAGAGACAACUGUUGCCUCCAUCAAUGACUCUGAGGAGCUUAUGGCUACUGAUGAGGCCUUUGAUGUGCUGGGCUUCACUCAAGAAGAGAAAAAUAGCAUUUAUAAAUUAACCGGUGCCAUCAUGCAUUACGGUAACAUGAAGUUUAAGCAGAAGCAGCGAGAAGAACAGGCAGAAACCGAUGGCACAGAAGAUGCUGACAAAGUUGCUUAUCUUAUGGGCCUGAACUCAGCUGACCUCACCAAAGGUCUCUGUCAUCCAAGAGUAAAAGUAGGAAAUGAGUGGGUCACCAAGGGCCAAAAUGUUGCCCAGGUUUACUAUGCGAUUGGUGCACUGGCCAAGUCAGUAUAUGAGAAGAUGUUUUUGUGGAUGGUGGUCCGUAUUAACCAAUCACUAGACACCAAGCAGGCUCGGCAAUACUUCAUUGGAGUUCUGGAUAUCGCUGGAUUUGAGAUCUUUGAUUUCAACACCUUUGAGCAACUGUGCAUCAACUUCACCAAUGAAAAACUGCAACAGUUUUUUAACCAUCACAUGUUUGUGCUGGAGCAAGAAGAGUACAAGAAGGAAGGCAUUGAAUGGACUUUCAUAGAUUUUGGUAUGGAUUUGCAAGCCUGUAUCGACUUGAUUGAAAAGCCAAUGGGUAUCAUGUCCAUCCUUGAAGAGGAGUGCAUGUUCCCCAAAGCCAGCGAUGCAACCUUUAAAGCUAAGCUCUACGACAACCACUUGGGAAAAUCUAACAACUUCCAGAAGCCCAGAAUUGUCAAAGGAAAAGCGGAGGCUCAUUUUUCUCUUGUUCACUAUGCUGGAACAGUUGACUACAAUAUCAACAACUGGCUGGUUAAGAACAAGGAUCCUCUGAAUGAGACUGUUGUUGGACUUUUCCAAAAGUCUAACCUCAAAUUAUUAUCCCUUCUUUUUGCUGGGUAUGCAGGAGCUGACUCUGCUCAAGAGUCCGGAGGCAAGGGGAAAGGUGGUAAGAAGAAAGGAUCCUCCUUCCAAACUGUCUCUGCUUUACACAGGGAAAAUCUGAAUAAGCUGAUGACAAACUUGAGGUCUACUCACCCCCACUUUGUACGCUGCAUCAUCCCCAAUGAGACCAAGACUCCUGGUGCCAUGGAGAACCCUUUGGUGAUGCACCAGCUGCGCUGUAAUGGCGUUCUGGAAGGGAUCCGAAUCUGCAGAAAGGGCUUCCCCAACAGGAUCCUUUAUGGAGAUUUCAAGCAGAGAUACCGUAUUCUGAAUCCCAGUGCAAUUCCUGAAGGACAGUUCAUUGACAACAAGAAGGCUUCAGAAAAACUGUUAGGUUCUCUAGAUAUUGACCACAACCAGUACAAACUUGGGCACACUAAGGUGUUCUUCAAAGCCGGACUGCUCGGUCAGCUUGAAGAGAUGCGAGAUGACCGAUUAGCACUAGUCAUUACUGGCAUCCAAGCUCGGUCAAGGGGUCUCCUGGCAAGAAUUGAAUUCCAGAAAAUUGUUGAACGGAGAGAUGCAUUACUUGUGAUCCAGUGGAACAUCCGUGCCUUCAUGGGGGUCAAGAAUUGGCCCUGGAUGAAGAUGUACUUCAAGAUCAAACCUCUGCUAAAGUCAGCAGAGACUGAAAAGGAAAUGGCCAACAUGAAGGAAGAGUUUACUAAACUAAAAGAGGCUUACGCAAAAUCAGAAGCCCGGAAAAAGGAACUAGAAGAAAAAAUGGUCACACUUCUCCAAGAGAAAAAUGACUUGCAGCUUCAAGUUCAGGCGGAGCAAGAUAAUCUUUGCGAUGCUGAAGAAAGAUGUGAGGGGCUCAUUAAAAACAAAAUCCAGAUGGAAGCAAAAACCAAAGAGUUAGCCGAAAGACUCGAGGACGAGGAAGAGAUGAAUGCUGAACUAACAGCUAAGAAAAGAAAACUGGAGGAUGAGUGCUCUGAGCUAAAGAAGGACAUUGAUGACUUAGAAUUAACGCUGGCUAAAGUGGAGAAGGAGAAACAUGCCACUGAAAACAAGGUCAAGAACAUGACUGAGGAAAUGGCAGCUUUGGAUGAAAUCAUAGCCAAACUGACCAAAGAGAAGAAAGCCUUACAAGAAGCUCAUCAGCAAACGCUGGAUGACCUUCAGAGUGAAGAAGACAAAGUCAACACUCUGACAAAGGCCAAAUCAAAACUGGAGCAGCAAGUGGACGAUCUGGAAGGGUCCCUGGAACAAGAGAAAAAAAUACGAAUGGACCUUGAAAGGGCAAAGCGAAAGCUUGAAGGGGACUUGAAGUUAGCUCAGGAGAGUCUUAUGGACCUGGAAAAUGACAAGCAACAACUGGAAGAGAGGCUAAAAAAGAAGGAUUUUGAAAUAAACCAACUUUUGGGUAAGAUAGAGGACGAGCAAGCCAUCAGUGCACAGCUCCAGAAAAAAUUAAAGGAGUUGCAGGCACGCAUUGAAGAGUUGGAGGAAGAGCUUGAAGCAGAACGAGCUGCCCGAGCCAAAGUGGAAAAGCAGAGAGCAGACUUAGCCAGAGAGUUGGAAGAGAUCAGUGAGAGGCUGGAGGAAGCAGGUGGAGCCACAUCUGCCCAGAUUGAGAUGAACAAGAAGCGGGAGGCUGAGUUCCAGAAACUCCGCAGAGAUCUGGAGGAGGCCACCUUGCAGCAUGAAGCCACUGCAGCUACAUUGAGAAAAAAACAAGCUGACAGUGUUGCCGACCUGGGGGAGCAAAUUGAUAACUUGCAGAGGGUCAAACAGAAACUGGAGAAGGAGAAGAGCGAACUCAAACUAGAAUUGGAUGAUGUUGUUUCCAAUAUGGAACAUACUGUUAAGUCAAAGAACAAUUUAGAGAAAAUGUGCAGAUCACUGGAAGACCAGAUGGGUGAAUAUAGAACAAAGGCAGAAGAGGGACAGCGUACCAUCAGUGACUUGACCACACACAAAGCCAAACUUCAAACAGAAAAUGGUGAACUUACAAGGCAACUUGAGGAGAAGGAUUCCCUAGUGUCACAACUCACAAGAGGAAAACAAUCAUACACUCAACAAAUUGAAGACCUUAAAAGGCAACUGGAAGAGGAAGUUAAGGCCAAGAAUGCUUUAGCCCAUGCUGUGCAAUCCUCUCGUCACGAUUGUGACCUGCUUAGAGAGCAGUAUGAGGAGGAGCAGGAGGCCAAGGCUGAACUGCAGCGUGGUAUGUCCAAGGCCAACUCUGAGGUGGCCCAGUGGAGAACUAAGUAUGAAACUGAUGCCAUCCAGAGGACUGAAGAACUGGAAGAUGCCAAGAAGAAACUGGCUCAGCGUCUUCAGGAUGCUGAGGAAGCUGUGGAAGCGGUAAAUGCUAAAUGUUCCUCUCUGGAAAAGACUAAGCACAGACUGCAAAAUGAGAUUGAAGAUCUCAUGGUGGAUGUUGAGAGGUCAAACGCCGCCGCUGCUGCUCUAGACAAGAAGCAAAGAAACUUUGACAAGAUCUUAGCUGAGUGGAAACAGAAAUUUGAGGAGUCUCAAGUAGAGUUGGAAAGCUCUCAAAAAGAGGCAAGGUCUUUGAGUACAGAGCUUUUCAAACUGAAGAACUCCUACGAAGAGUCUCUAGAUCACUUAGAGACUAUGAAGAGAGAAAACAAGAAUUUACAAGAGGAAAUAUCUGACCUUACUGAACAAAUCAGUGAGGGUGGUAAGAGUAUCCAUGAACUUGAGAAGAUACGAAAGCAGUUGGAACAGGAGAAGUCUGAAAUUCAUUCUGCUUUGGAAGAGGCAGAGGCCACACUAGAGCACGAGGAAGGAAAGAUUCUAAGAGCACAGCUUGAGUUCAGUCAGGUGAAGGCUGACAUUGAGCGCAAGCUGGCCGAAAAAGAUGAGGAGCUGGAUCAAGCCAAGAGAAAUCAACAGAGAAUUGUAGACAACCUUCAGAGCUCCCUUGAGGCCGAGACCCGAAGCAGGAAUGAGGCCCUUCGUUUGAAAAAGAAGAUGGAGGGAGACCUCAACGAAAUGGAGAUUCAGCUAAGUCAGUCCAACAGGCAGGCAGCUGAGGCGCAGAAGCAACUCAAAUCUGUUCAUGCACUUUUGAAGGAUUCCCAACUCCAACUUGAUGAGUCCGUCCGUGCUAAUGAUGAGCUCAAAGAGAACAUCGCUAUAGUGGAGAGACGUAACAACCUCAUUCAGGCUGAACUGGAAGAACUUCGGUCUGCUCUUGAGCAAACUGAGAGAGGGCGUAAACUUGCUGAGCAAGAGUUGCUGGAUGUUAGUGAGAGAGUGCAGCUACUGCACUCACAGAACACCAGCCUGCUAAACCAAAAGAAGAAACUGGAAGCUGAUACAACCCAGCUUCAAAGUGAGGUUGAAGAUGCAGUCCAGGAGUGCAGAAAUGCUGAAGAUAAGGCCAAGAAGGCAAUUACUGAUGCUGCUAUGAUGGCAGAAGAGCUAAAGAAAGAGCAAGACACCAGUGCUCACCUAGAGCGUAUGAAGAAGAACAUGGAUCAAACCAUCAAAGACCUGCAGCACCGUCUGGAUGAAGCUGAACAAAUUGCAAUGAAAGGGGGGAAAAAGCAGGUGCAGAAGCUUGAAGGCAGGAUCAGAGAGCUGGAAAGUGAAUUGGAAAUCGAACAAAGAAAAUCCAGCGAUGCAGCCACGGGAGUACGCAAGUAUGAGAGACGCGUCAAGGAGCUAUCCUACCAAACAGAAGAGGAUCGUAAGAAUCUGGCCCGUCUUCAAGACUUGGUGGAUAAACUUCAGUUGAAAGUAAAAUCAUACAAGAGGAGUGCUGAGGAAGCUGAGGAACAAGCCAACAACAAUAUGGUCAAGUUCCGCAAGAUUCAGCAUGAUCUUGACGAGGCCGAAGAGAGAGCUGACAUCGCCGAGUCUCAGGUCAACAAGCUGCGUGCCAAGAGUCGUGAUGUUGGCACAAAGAAAGGACAGAAUGAAGAAUGAAGCCCUGGAUAAUCUUCUGCUUCUGAGUCACCUGCGUCUGACUGGUGGUGAUUCCCUAAGUGUGUUCAG